AGAGAGAGAGAGAGAGAGGGACGAAUUGGUUGGGCGAAGAAAGAGAAGAGUGUUUGACUUUCCAUCGAAUCGAUAGAUUACAAUUCAACCAGGAAUGAAUGUAUCAUGCGAGCGAGCGGCACGCGGAAAUGCAAUAAAUUCAACAAUAAACUGUAUCGCCACACUGGGAUGCGGCUAUUCAGGCGACAUAUUGACACUCGUUCGCUCUAUCGUCGAAAACGCGCAAUUUAUUGCUCAUUAAUCUUGACGGUCUAAUUUACAGUUACAGAUCGUACAUAUGAUAGGGACGGUUUCUUUAAUGGAAUCGAGCGGAACCCGACAUGGGAAUAAUUGUAGCCCUAUUACUCCCGAAUUAUCGCUAGAUAUUCACCCUGAUUAAAACUGCUAAAGCAUCGUUUCGCGCGUAUACAAGCAUAUCUCGAUAAUUUCGGAUGAAUGAAAUUAAAAUCCUCCAUUCGUAUAUAUCUAUAGGAUACUUUGUUGUUGCGACAGAUUUCGAAACCCUAAACUUCUCGGUUCCAAUCGAUUUUUGUCAACGAUUUUACGUGCAAUAUUACCGAUCAAUAGGCUCGGCGAAAAUUAGACCCAGUUCCGACGAAGAAGUUUGAAACGAAGUUGAAACGUUCGGUCGACCGAGCACCACCGCCUCUCUCUCACCACCUGCUCUCGAAAUCGGUGACAAGCAAUGACGGACAAAUUAAUGCUUUAACGAGCAUUGUUCGGUGGAACGCUGUUAUAAAAUAGGAUUCUCGCGAUCCGGCACAACAGUCCAUCGGCGAUCCUUGGCGAAAGAAGAGAUGGAGUCGGCGAAGGUAAGGAAGAACCGAGGAUCCAGUUAUUUUUCUCGAAAGUAUUGGACCUCUCCGUGAAAGGCGGUGUCGAAAGACUGGUUGGUUUGAUCGAUACGAGAUUCGUCAAGAAACAAUUAAACGAGGAUUACAACCCUCGUGGAAAACCGUUCGCACGUUUCGAGGAAAACGGGAGAGCGUGCACGAUCGAUCGUUCCAAUUUCGUGUCUCACGUGUUAUUGAUUAAAGAGGUGUGGGGUGGCCCACCUUCCCUAAAACGGAUCCGUGACAAAGUAUUACAAAGUCGUAAUCGUAAAGCAAGAAGGGAGUGUGCUCGAGAGAUCUUUAUGCGAUCGGGCAAAGCGAUCCCCCUAACGUUCCGUUCUAACGACAAAGAAUAAUGGUCGUCCUGCAAUUUCAACUCGAAGCCAACCCCGAGUCAACCCCACCGUCCAUGAUUGAAAUUUCUAUCGGCCCACUCCAUCCUUCGUUUCGAUUAAUUCUCGCGAAUAUAUUAAUUAUCGCGUUCCAUUAUAAGAUUCUUCUCUUAUUUUUCUCCUUUUUUUUUAUUAUUCGAUUUCAGAACCUGCUUGUUUGUGCUGCUGUCUUGCUGCUCGUCCUCGUGAUUGACGCGCAACCAACCAGCUAUCAGGAAUUGGACAACGAAGAUGCUGGCAGUGAACACGGACACGGAGGAGGUGGUGGUCACGCUCAUUCCUUCCAUCACUUCUCUGGGCCAGUGGUGGGCCAUCACGAAGAGAUCACCUGGAAGGACAAACACGGGCACCUUCAUCACGACUACAGGGCCCAUCCCAAAUACAAGUUCGCGUAUGGCGUGGAUGACAAACACACGAAGGAUCACCAUGGGCAGAAAGAGCAUCGAGAUGGAAAAGAAGUCGAAGGGGAGUAUCAUCUUCACGAGCCUGGGGGCAACGUGAGAAGCGUUAAAUACCAUUCGGAUCCUCAUGGAGGUUUCUUCGCGGAAGUUCACAAUUAUGGAGGAAAUGAUCAUUCAGGUGGCACUUACGGUGGACAUAAACACAGAUAAACGACAAAACGUUUAUUUGCUUCGAGAUUAUUGUUCUAUCCGAUUUAUAUCGUUGUUGAACUCGUAUGUUUUAUAAUUAGAUCGAAGUUAUUGUUUUUAUUGUUGUUGUUGUUGUUGUUAAAAAUAAAGCAGCAUAUAUCGGAAAGCCAAUAAAAUUUGAUUUGAUUAACUGACAAACACCGAUAAAAAAAAUAUAUUAAAAUUCAAAACAAAGAGUUAAAAUCGAAUGUUCUCCGUUGAUCUAUUUUAUUAAUUUCAAAUAAACUUCGAUAAAUUUAGAAUCAAAUUUGCGCGAUGAAUAACGUCUCGAUCCUACACAACUUUUUACGAUCUCUAAAUUCUUCACGAAAAUUGGAACAACAAUAAAGAAAGAUUUUCUCCUUCGUGUAAUUAAAACGUUUUCGAAUACUCUCUUUGUUGCGAGAAAUUUUUCUUCCAAAGUUCAAAUUUCGAAUGAAUUUUUCGUAAGGUGAGACGGGGGCAAGUUUUAUAAUUAAUUAACUAAAUUUAUCCACAGCGAGUUAUCGCGAAGUUUCUUUUUGCCGAGCAUCGUUAAAAAUGGAGGAUUCGCGUUAUAACGACGAUAAAAUUUCACGAGCAGCUCGUUCCUCGAGAAUAUAAACGCAUAAUUCCGCCUCCAAAGCCAAGAUACACGUUAAAACU